AUGUCUUCUCACAAGUCUUUCAAGAUCAAGCGAUUCCUGGCCAAGAAACAAAAGCAGAAUCGUCCCAUUACCCGGUGGAUUCAGAUGAAAACUGGUAAUAAAAUCCGAUACAACUCCAAGAGGCGGCUUUGGAGAAGAACGAAGCUGGGUCUGUAAGGGAUCGAACAUGAGAUGGCACACGUUUAUGCUGCCUGAAAGUCAUGUUUUCUAUUACAU